CUUCUUAAUAUUAUCAUCGCUUGGUGACUAGCUGUGUUUCGGGCGAAUCUUUCUCAUUUGGUUUGUUUUUUCUGCAAUUACAUUUUCCCGACGAUGUUUGUCUUGUCGCCGUGAACUUCUCCGCAUGGCAUUGUCUUGCUCGGGGUUCGGAUGGCGUGUUCCUAUUGGCUAGUUGUAGUGGUGGCCAGGACUCCGCGCAGGUCCGCAGGGCGGUUACUAAUGUGGCUCCGUCGUUCGGUCAUUCAUUCAUUCUUUGUUCUUUUCUGAUCGAGAAGACCAUCGUACUAUCUAUCAUGUCUGGACGCGGCAAGGGAGGCAAGGGUCUCGGAAAGGGAGGCGCCAAGCGUCACCGUAAGGUGCUUCGAGACAACAUCCAGGGCAUCACCAAGCCAGCUAUCCGUCGUCUGGCCCGCCGUGGAGGGGUCAAGCGAAUCUCCGGCCUAAUCUACGAGGAGACCCGAGGCGUUCUCAAGGUCUUCCUGGAGAAUGUCAUCCGCGAUGCGGUCACAUACACCGAGCACGCCAAGCGCAAGACGGUCACCGCCAUGGACGUUGUCUACGCUCUCAAACGCCAAGGUCGCACCCUGUACGGCUUCGGUGGCUAAAGGAUCAUCUGACGGACGCAUCAUCACAACAAACCCCGGCCCUUUUCAGGGCCAUCCAAA